AUGGGUUUAAGUUCACAAUAUCAAGCAAAACAAAAAAGCCUUACCCAAACUAAUAAAAAUUUAUGUCUCAAAUUUAAUCGCACUAAAUCACUAAAUAAGGCAUUCCCGAGUGUUUUUUUGGUAGAAGUUUUCCCCUUUAUUUUGCUUUCUUUAGCGACUAAUUAUGCUGAUUAUGCUGUUUCCCGAGAUAGAAUUAAUACUUUUCUUAGACUUCCCGAGGAAAAUUAUAAUUUAGCGGGCAAAAAAAUAAAUCCAGCAAUCCCAAUCACUGCAAUUACGUUUCGAAACGUUUAUUUCCGCUAUCAAGGACAAUCUGAAUGGGUUUUAAAAAAUUAUAGUCGCACGCUUACCCCUGACAAAGUAAAUCGCUUAAUUGGUAAAAAUGGCGCUGGUAAAAGUACGGUUUUAUAUCUCUUGUUAGGAAUGUUAGUACCCCACAAGGGUCAAAUAAUCAUCACUGAUCUUCAAGAACAAAAUUAUAAUCUCCACCAGGAGGGAGGUUCUACCGGGCAAAAACAAUUAGCCAAUCUUAACCAGAUUCUUGAACGAAGAAAAGAUGCUCAGAUUUUUUGUUUUGAUGAAGCCGAUAAUGC